AUGAAUCGCUUCGACUAUUUGGCGGUGUAUUAUAUUUCGUUUGUGAUUCGUAUCUUCAUCGCGCUCAUCUCAUUCUUUGAUCUCUCUUGUGCAGUGAUUCGAACUCUUAUCCCUCAAAAUGGAUCGCCUGAAGAAUUUGCUCCCUAUCAUACAUAUUGUUAUGAUUGGGCACUUUUCAUCAAUCAAGAUUUGGGUCAUCUCUUCUGGAUUCUUCAACAAUUCAUCUAUUUCUUGCAAUUUGGGCUUGCAAUAAAUCGUGUGAUGGCUUUUGCGUUUAACGGUCGUUUCUAUGAAUUCACCACGAAAACAGCUUAUCUACAAAUUUUGCUCAUCAUCGCCUAUGCAACUUUUCCGACACUUUACAAUCUUCUAAGCUACGAUUGGAUCACAUUCGAUCCUCAAAUCCAUAGCCUCUAUACAGCUGAGGAUGUGAAUUCGGGGAUGACAAAUCAUGGGUUAUAUAUAACGAAACAAAGGGAAUACAAUAUUGUGACAUGUAUCGUUGCGAACAUUCUCAAUUUCUACACAUUUACGCUUGUGAAUGGGAAAUUGCGCAAGAAAUCCGCUUGGGAAGACACAAGGAAAACGACAAAAGAUGAUCAACGGCUCAUUCUACAGUCAAUCGGCGAGCUUCUCUUCAUCAUUUUCCCUCUCUCAUUGUCGAUGUUCACCGAGUUUUCCCAUAUCGCUUUCCAUUGCACGUUCUACAUCAUCAGUUGGAGUGAUUUAUUGGAAUGGGCAAUUCGCUUUCUUUGCUAUUUUCUUAUCUCUCAAGGAGUGAUCAUGGGAAUCUAUUCAAUUAUAAAUGGAUUAACGGUUUAUCGAGAGAGUUCACUCAUCGAGGAACCAAAAUUCGUGAACGCGCUCUUACUGAUUGGUGGAGUGUUGGGACCGGUGCCGAUCGUCGCCUACACUUUUGUCGCCGAACCAUCGUAUUUUCCGCUCACCUAUCAGAGUUACAAUAUAAAGCAAUUCCUGAUGCUCGUGACGUGGAAUAUCUUCCAAAUGUGUCUAAUCAUUUCCUCAAUCGCUCAACUCUCGACACUGAUUCUCUUCGUGAUUCGAAAGCAAUUCAAGCUCGCCACUCGAAGUCUCAUCAUUUUCCUUAUCUUGGCAAUCUUUUGGAAGUACAUUCCAGAAAUUGAGCCUCACUCUAUCGAUACGUAUAUUAAAAAAACGGAGGAUUAUGACGAUUACAGCGGGUCGGGAGUCGGCGAUACUGUAGCCUAUCUUGAUUAUUUGUACGAGAAACUCGCGCAUGAUUAUGGUCUUAUUAUUUUUGACACAUUAACCCCAGAAAUGAUGAAAGUUUAUAAUUUUGUCGAUCCACAAUCUAAAGUUGGAAACAUCUAUAUUCCUGGUUUCGAUUUCGAGAAAUUUGAAAGUGAAUGGUUACCAAAAGUUGAGGAUAAGUUACUCUGUUGUGGAAUCGCUGGAUGCAAUGAAUACUGGAAUUCAAGCUUUCUUAAUCCAGACGAUCCAAAGAAAUGUUUAUUUGAUUGUAAAAAGGCAAAAAAACUCAACUAUCUUGUGCCUGGAUGUGCAGAAUCGAUCGCUAAAGCCUUACAAUCACUCUGCGACAAUUUCCGCUUUUUAUUUGGUCUUCUUUUUGUGGUAAAGCUUCUCCUCAUCCCACUCAGUAUCUUCCAUUUCGCCGGCCUAACAUUUGACUUCGGCGGAAUGGUGAUGGUUCUCCCGGUUUUCUCUUUUCCAGCAAGUUGUGCUUGCACUUUUGGUUUUGUCAACUAUUUUGAAUUCAUUCCAUUGUCGUAUACAGCGACAUCAAGCGCUUUCCUGGGCUCUGUUAUGAUGGGGAUCCUCGGCGCUGCACUCUUCGAACGCCAGCAAGCCGUUCUGCCGAAAUCGCAUUUCUUCUCAAUGACAAAACCGUAUGUGAUGUGUUUUAGG